AAUCGCCAACUCCAAAGGCGAAUCGACCCCCCACUCCCAAUCGCCGCAACCGCACCACCAGCGCCGCCCUGAUCGGCACCGAUGGCGGGCGAUCCGACCGGCGGCGGCGGCGGCUCCGCGACGGGGAAGGGUCCCCGCUCGUCGACGCGGCACCAGCAGUUCCGCGACCGCGCUAAGACCCGCGUGGACGACCUCCAGGAGAUCUUCUCCGGCCUCCAGUCCGCCCGCAAGGAGAGCCGCUCCGCCGACGCCGCCGUCCUCGAGGAGCAGGUCCACCAGAUGCUCCGCGAGUGGCGGGCCGAGCUCAGCGUCGCCUCCCCCGCCUCCUCCCUCCAGAACUCGCUGGGGAACAACCAGGGCGCCGCGGAUCCGCCGUCGGAGACGCUGCGGCUGCUGCAGCUGGCGAUUGAGGAGGAGGACGACGCCACCAGCAAGCUGGCGCAGCCGAUGCAGCCCUCCCGGCAGGACGAUCAUCAGAGUCUCAACCCCGGACUGCAAGUACACGGAGGGACUGUGGAUGGCGGUGCCAAUGCGUCACAGCAGUCACUGGGUCAUGGAAUGCAGGGAGAUUGUGGGGGAGAAGUAGCUGAUGUUGCUAAUGCAUUGUUCAGUGAUCAGAUGUACUAUAUAGACCAUGAACUUAGUAUUGAUGAUUUUCUUCACGGGUCAAACCCAGAUGGCCUCAAUAACCAGCCGGAACAUCAGCAGUUCAAUUUGCCACUAGAUCUGCAACAUUCUAAUAGUUCAUAUGCUGAUGCAAAUAACUCUGUGCAAAGUACUGGAGAUGUUUUUUUCCACAUGUCAGACUUGCUCACAACAGUCAGCCCAUCACCUUCUCAAUAUUUGGGGCCAAAAUGUGCGCUCUGGGAUUGUGGUCGACCUGUGCGAGGAUCAGAAGAGUGUCAAGACUACUGCAACCCAUAUCAUGCUGGCUUAGCUUUGAAUGAUGAUGGUCUUCUGGGGACAAUGGGAACAAGGCCUGUGAUGCGGCCAAGGGGUAUUGAUUUGAAAGAUGGGCCCCUGUUUGAUGCUCUUUGUGCAAAAGUCCAAGGAAAAAAUGUUGGUAUUCCUGUCUGUGUAGGGGCUGCAACAUCAAAAUCACCUUGGAAUGCACAUGAACUUUUUGAUCUUUCUCUUCUUGAGGGUGAAUCUCUUAGGGAAUGGUUAUUCUUUGACAGACCAAGGAGGGCAUUUGAGAGCGGCAACCGCAAGCAAAGGUCGUUGCCAGAUUACAACGGCCGUGGAUGGCAUGAAUCAAGGAAGCAAGUGAUGAAGGACUUUGGGGGCCUGAAGAAAUCCUAUUACAUGGACCCACAACCAUCCAGCAACUAUGAGUGGCACCUUUUUGAAUAUGAGAUAAAUGAUUCUAACACUCUAGCCUUGUACCGGCUUGAGUUCAAGGCUUCUGAUCCUAAAAGGAGUGUUAAAUCAAAACUGGGCAGCAGUUCACUCAACGAAAUCCAGCAGCAAAUGGUCAAGCUUAGUGCAAACAGUCCGGUGGACAACAAGCGGGGCGCUAGGAGCAAGACAAAGGCUACUCAAAAGGACACCAAUGCGAAUACAUAUCCAGCUCUCAAGACCACCAAUCAAGCGGGUGCUUCAAAUGCUUAUGAAGCAGUGCCCCUCAACAUCAUCCCCAAUCAGGCCAGUGCCUCCAAUGCUUACCAAGCAGUGGCUCCCAGCAUCCCCAAUCAGGACAGUACCUCGAACGCCUAUGAAGAUGCAUCACAAGUGGACCCGAUGUCAUAUCUGAAUGAAAACGUCGUCUAUGGACCUCAUCUCCCAUAUGGUUACCCUGACGGAAAAGGCGAUUUCUACUGGAACCCCAGUGGCGGCACCUGAAGAUGCGACAUGCCAAGCUCGUGCGCUGCAAGGCGUCUCAAGACAGAUUGUAACAGUGUCAACUAAAAUUUGGGGCUCGACACCGUGGCCCUGCAGUUUUUUGUAAGUGUAGACAUCUUGGAUAGAUACCAUGUUUGAUGUGCUGUACUUUGACUGUAAAAUAUAGUCUGGUCCUUGCCUGUCGAGCCAAGAUAGAGCAUCUUAGGGUAUCUGCUUCUUCAGAAGCUGAUGCGGUUGGACCCUAGCAUCGGAGGAUUCGCAAAUUCAGUCGGCUCUGUUCUUCUUUCCUUUUUUUCCUUAGAUGUAUAUAUAUCCUGAGAAUGGUUGAGGAUUCGUAUGAUUCGCGGACUCCCAGAUUCACUUGGGUUUCAUAUGCAAGAUUGGUGACAGCUC